GGCCGUCGUUGUUAUCAGAUCCGUUGCCGCUGGCGGGAGAAUCGGUAAAGCCCUCCCCGCGUGUCCUUCCGACGAAGUCAGAAGUCUCCUCCUUGUGUCCGUGAAGGGAAGACCUACUCGAAAGAAGACCCUCAGGAAAUCGCGUUUGUUCUUGGUACUAUCCUCCCGGGCCAUUGCAUGGCAAUGUCUCACUAAUAAAGAUAGAGAGGUCAAUAAAAGGAAGUUUUGGUUCGGACGUUUGAUCUCGCUCGCUCGACGAUGACUUGAACGAUAACAGAUAAAAGUGCGCCUGUCAUUUCGUCAAUAUUUUUCGUAAAAGUCGAGACGCUACUUCGAGUGAGUGAUUUCACACAGACGCCGUGUCCUCCUCCUCCUCCUCUUCCCAAUGAUGUCCGGAAACACAGCGGCGACCCUCCACAGCAGCCAGAGGGGCAAGAGCUUCGCCAUGGAGUAUUUGCUCGGAGGAAGCGGCAGUCCCGGCGGGGGUGCUAAGGACGCCGGUGGUGGAAAUGGGCCUCUGACGCCCUUAGGCUUAAGCCUUCCGCAUCUCUACAAUACCUGCCUCCUGCCGCAUCUGCCGGGCCUCCCUCCGCCACUGCUGCCCUCGCUACCUUACCCGCCCCUCCACCACUAUCCCCUGGCGCCGGCUCUCGCUGCCGGCCUUCAAGGGGCGCUGCCCCCGCCACUGAUAGGUCUCACGCCUCCAAGUCUAGGGAAUCGGCAUCUGAGCGACCUAGGAUUAUGCAGGAGGGACGGUUUAGGGGUGGAGGCGCCCCACAGCCCUGGAUCGGCAGGGGACCACACCAACACGUCCGAUUCCGAUCAUCAUGACCACGACAAAUCAGAUGACCUGGGAGAUGACUUGGAAAUCGACCGGGAGUAGAGUGAUGACGACGAUGCUCCCCACAGUGACAGACCUGUUAGACCAGGAGACUCAGGAGACAACGCAGGCGCCGCGGGCGCGGGCGUGGGCGGGAGCAAGUCUCGGCGGAGGAGGACGGCCUUCACCUCGGAGCAGCUCAUAGAGCUGGAGCGAGAAUUCCAAACCAAAAAAUACCUCACGCUCAGCGAAAGGUCCCAUAUUGCUCAGACCCUUAACUUAUCUGAGGUCCAAGUGAAGAUAUGGUUCCAGAACCGCAGAGCGAAGUGGAAGCGCGUCAAAGCUGGGCUAGUCUCGGGAUCGGCGGCAGGCGGUAAAAACGCUUCUUCCGGUCACAAGAUCAUCGUCCCCAUUCCAGUCCACGUGAACAGACUUUCCAACCUCUCCCAGUCGCAACAGAUGGAAAAGUCAUCGAACACGCCAGGAGUGACUACGGGAGGAACGGGAGGACUGAGCACGCCCAACCCAUCCCAGCUUCCAACCAUAAAACCGAUGGACCCCCAGUCCAGCAUCCAGUCCAGGCGGUCAGCCUUCCAGGGUCUUCCACAGUCGCUGCCAGUCUCCCUCAGCCAGAGUAUGGCCCAGCCCUCCCUUCCGGUCUCCCUGUCCCAAAGCAUGCCCCAGCCGCUGCCCGUUUCCCUGCAGCAGACUCUGCCGCGACUCAGCCACGUGCCCCCGUCUCUGGCUUUGUGAAGGGAAGCGUCGGACGUGGAGGCGGUCUUGAAUGCUUUAACCAGAUACUACGGCAGAAGAGGAGAGGCUCUCUAAACGGAACCGGAGGGAAGUCGCGAAGUCACUUCGAUGAUGAGCGUUUUCGUAGACCUUUUCCCUAACAGAAGAAAACUGAAUCUAUUCCGCUCUCUCUCUUUUUCUCUCUCUCUCUCUCUCUCUCUCUCUCUCUCUCAUCAGCAAUGUCCCUGGCCAUCCCACCGCGUUUUUUUACCUCAAAAAAUGCGCCUUUCCAAAAUACGUGGUUUUAUUACAAGAAUCGCAAACAAAUUCAACAAAAUAAAAGAAGAAAAAUCGGAAACAAACUUCCAGUAAAUUUCUGCAAUCCAGUGUUUAGUUAAGCGGUUAUGAAAACAAUUUCCAGUCGCUGACCAAGAGCAAAAAGUUAGAUGAACCACAUAAUAACUCCGAGUCGCUUCCACAGGGCAAACUGUUGUCAAACGAAUGGCAGAAAGGCCAUAGCCACUAACUGUAAGUUCUGUUGACAAAACGAUACAACGGCCUGUUAUGCCCCAGCUUACAUGUUUGGGUGUAGGGAAAAGGGGUACAAAAACAUGCAAAACAAACAACCCCACAAAACACAUCCCAAACACUCUAACUUGGUGUUGAGAACGUGCAUUAAGGAGCAAAACAAACGCCCGCCCAGAGAAAAUAAACCGAUGCCCAAAACCCGAGCGAAAAGAGGUGCUGGCCGGUUGAACGGACCGCGUUCGCCUAUUCGUCUGUCGUGAACGCGAUUCGUCGUUAGUGUAAUUGGGACUCAAACUGAUUCAUAGUUUCUAUGAUGGUAGUACAUAUUAUACAUAAACACAUAUAUAACUAUGCAUACACACUCACACAC